UUCGUGUAAACGGAAUGGGGUGUGUUUAAUCCCUUAUGUAAGUAGUCUAACUGAAUUGUAAACACUUCUGUUUGGGUUGUGAAUUGGGAAAGCGUUUUCUCUUUUAGUCCAGCUUACUAGGUGCUUUUACUUUGAAGCCUACUCAUUUAUGUUUCCGGUUAAUCCUACUUGCGGAUCCGUUUCUGUCGACAGAUGGCGCUGCAGCCCAAAACAAAUAAAACACAAACGUGAACUCAAAGUUCUCACGUAGACUAAAUCCUACAGCAUGUAUCCUGUUGAUCUGCCGCCGGUGGAGGACACUGAACUGACAUCUGCGUCUGAACUUUACCUGACGUCUUUAAACGCAACACCUUGCGUUGAUUGGUUUCAGUCAUCCCAACAAUUACAGGUUGCCAUAACGACAGCCAGUGUAAGCCAGCUGCAGCUGUUUGAGGACGACCACCCUGCCUGUGCGGUGCUGGCGCUUCAUCCUCCUGAUGAUCAAACACAAGUCGUGGCUUUGUACCUGCACGAGAAAUGGUGGCGUUUGGAUGACGUGCUGCGAACAUCCAUCGGAUCCAGGAGUGGUUUUAUACCCGUGCAGUCGGUUGUAGAAAGGGUGAUCGUGUUCCUUCUCAGUCGGGUUGUGGAGAGGCCUCCUUCACCCGGGGAGGCGUCGUUCUCCUUGCACCCCCGCACAGAAAGCUGCAAACUGCUGUGGAGGGACAAGCAGGCGGUCGGCUUCUACACCAUCAAGCACAAAGGCAGCCUGUGUGACAGCUGGAGCAGCUGCUGCUACCUGCUUCCCGUCCUGGACACACUGCUGGUGAGAAGAAGCUGCAGGAGGAGAGGCUUCGGCCUGCAGAUCCUGGAGGAUUUCUGCUCAAUGUUUUCCUCGGAGGAGUUCCUCGGAGUCAGCUCUCCUUUAUCACCUAGCAUGGCAGCAGUGGUCAGGAGGUUCCUGCUCCAGCACCAGGAGCACCGGGAGCGUCUGUAUGAGGUGGAGGCUCCAGGAGGCUGGACUCAGAGACAGAACAUCUGGCUUAACAUCCAGCUGGGCCGUUACUCAUUCCACCAGGAGGGUGAAGACUUGACCUCGCCGGUCACCUGUAACACGAACGCUCCCCAGACCGAACGUUGGGAUGCGAAACAGGGAGAACACUCCCUGAUCGGCACAAGCUGUGGGACAGGAUGUUUUUCAGCGGCCCGUGCUGAAGAUCUGGACUUGAAUCCUCCCAGGCCCACAGUUAUGAAAGGAACUGUGAAAUCCAAGAGUGUUUUAUCAGAAAAGCACAGCGGAGAGAGCUCAGAGGAAAUGCAAAAGAGCUGCAAAAGAGCCAAAAGAACAUGAGGCGAGCUGUGCACGUUGUGCAACGUCUGACCCAGAGGAAACUGGUCGUGCACUUGAGUGAUCUACAGCCGCAUAAAUCCUACAGGAGCUUCAGACCAUAAGGAGACGAGUUUGGUGCAUACAUGGACGUAAUUUUCAGUUUAAAAGUGGGGGGGCCCCGGGGGGGGGCCCCGGUAUGUUCUAACGGGAAACAGGCUUCAACACAAACUGUUGUUUUCCACUUGGUCCUAGAGCUCAACCAGUGUCAAUUUAAUAUAGUGUAAUACUGUUUUUGGAUGGUAAAAAGUGCAGGGGUCAAAACUUGACUUUGGAAAAAGUGGGGGGGGGGGGGCAUGUCCCCCCUGUCCCCCCCAAAAAUUACGUCCAUGGGUGCAUAUUGUUUUAAUACAUAAGAAGCAUUACACUCAGUCACUGUGAACUACUUUUCCUCUCUA